AGGUAAUAUUAAAUAAGAAGGGAAAUUUGACAAAGGAAAGAGAUGAAGAUGGACACACCCCUCUCCAUUAUGCUGCACACCUUGGUAAUAGAUUGUCAGUUGUGAAAGAACUGUUAAAAAGGGAUGUAACAGCUGCCUAUAUAGGUGAUAAAAUGAGGGGGAUGGCACCCCUUCUUAUGGCAGCGAGGCAAGGUCAUCUUUUAACAGUUUCAAAGAUUCUCUCUUUAUGUCCAGAUUGUUGUGAAAAAGUGGACAACAAAAGUUUGAAUGUACUUCAUUAUCUGGCUUUUAGAGGCUCUCCCUCUCCAUUUGGGAAUUCUGUUUUCAAGAGUGGUCAUAUUGAGAUUGUAUACGGAUCAGUCAAAACUCUAAUGGAGUUGGAAGGUGCCUUUGGAAUGACACCUCAAGAUGUUGAUAAUGCAGUUCGAUCUCAGAAACAUCAUCAUAAACAGAAGCAAAUCAAAGAAUUGUUGGAAGAAAUUGAGAAUGAUCAAGUGGCGGAGGAACCAGUUCAUCACUUUACCGUACGAAAUAAUUCUAUAGAAAGUUUGGAGAAGACAGGAAAUGCUCAUUUAGUAGCUGCAGCACUUAUAGCCACCGUCGCAUUUGCAGCAGCAAUAACUGUUCCUGGUGGUUUGGAGAGUGAAAAAGGGUCAAAUCGAGGCACUCCCAUUUUGAUUCAAGAGGCAGCCUUUAAAGCAUUUGUUGUAACAAAUGCAAUGGCCUUUAUUUUCUCUGUUUCUGCCCUCACCACCUACUUUGGGGUUCUGGAUCAUCUUUUUACACGAUUUAUUUUUUGGCGUGAAGCAAUAAUUUUAAAUCGAACUUGGUCUGUUUCUAUGCUCCUUAACUAUGCAACGCUUGCAAUGGUAAUUGCUUUCAGCACGGGUAGUUAUGUGGUCUUAAAACCUUCCCACGAACUUGCCAUUGUUUCAUAUCUCAUAUGCCCUGCCUUUUUACUUUGUAAGUGGACAGCUUUGCUUUUAGAGUGUCAUCUUUUCAAGCUUGGUGGUAUUGGGAUUGCAUAUGGAUCGGUCAGAAAUUUAAUGGAGUUGGAAGGUGCCUUUGGAAUGACACCUCAAGAAGUUUAUAAUGCACUUCAAUAUGAGAAACAUCAUCAUAAACAGUUUAAUGUGUGUGGGAUUGCUAAAGAAGAUAGAGCAGGUUGUCGAGGUGUCUUGAGAGAUAAGGAGGGUGUCGCAAGAGCAUUAUUUUCUGGUUCAGUAGCAGCAAAUGAUGCCGAUGUGGCUGAGAUUGGUGCGGUAAUGAGACCAUGGUCUCUUCAAGCAAUUUUUGCAGGUAUUGAAAAUGACAUGUUAAAGGCCGGAAAUGUUGUAUUCUCAUUGGCGGAUAAGAAAGGUAACGAGAUGGCAUCUUCCUUGGCAAUUGCAGGUUAUAAUCGGGUGAAAAUGUUUAAAGCUUGGUGA